GCAAAGAAGUUCAAUUUAGCGACAUUUUAAUUGAAUUUUUAGCCAAGUACGGUUCUUUUUACUGCAAAAAUUGCACAACGAGCUUUUAAUCUCCCCUAAAUUUCGCCUUUUUGGGUUUUAUUUCAACGGAAUUAGAUUAAUUUUUAGGAAAAAAAAUUCUCACACAACAAGAUGAUGGAAUUAGAUCCAGUUUUGAAGAACGGCCUAAAGUUGCUGCAUUCGAACGACAAUACAAGUGCCGAAAAGUUGCGUCUUGCCAUCGAUGACAUUAUUUCACAAAAAUACGGUCCCUCGAAGCUGCUUUCGUCAAUUUUGUCGAAAAAAUAUUUAAAUGAAGAAUCAAACGCUGUCGGCAGCAACUUGGUUGCCGUCAAAAGACCAAAAAUCGAGAAAAAACCUCGAGAGCUGGAGGAAAGUGUCGAAUCUGUGGAAGAUGAUCAUUUGAAAGAACUCGAAGACUUGUUCUGCAAAAAUUGCAAACGCAUGGAUGUGAGUGCGAGAAAUCGUCUCGUCGAGUGCUCGGACUGCCAUUCGUUGUAUCAUCAGGAAUGUCAUCAACCGCCGAUCAGCGAAACGGAUGCAAAUGAUCAGGAAAAUUCUUGGUAUUGCUUCACGUGCAAGGAAAAAGCGAUUUCGAAGGCUUCGUCGACAAAUUCCUCGCCUGCCAAAUCCAGUUCGAGUUCGAGCACAAGCAGUUCGUACACGAAAAAUUACGAGUCCUCGUCGUCGAGCAGCAAAAAAAGCAAAGAAAAAGUCAUUCCGCCCGCAGUUGUGGCGACAACAACUUCAAGCGGAAGCACAACUACCCCGAGCAUCAAUAUCGUGAGUGCCGACAAACGCAUCCAGAACAUGAAAAAGAAGGCAGCGCAACGAAAACACAAAUGAUAGUAAUUUUUUCGGAUAGAAAUUUUUAUUAUUUUAAUAUUUUUUUUUUUUUUUUUUGUGAAUAUUUUGUCGUGACUCUUUCACAUCACACGAGACAUAUCAAAAUUUUCCUUAUUGAUUCUAUUUAUUAUUUUUGUAAUAAAUUGAUUUGAAUGAUUGAUGAGGAGGAGGAGUAGAGCGUGAAAAAAUGUAAAAAUUACUUAAUUCUACUCUUGUUUUUAAUUUUUUUAAUGUUUAAAAAUUUUACAAAACUUUUAAUUAUUAUUAUUAAAUAUUUUUUUAAAGACACGAAAAUUUGUAAAAAAAAAUUAUUAUAAUAAAAAUAUUUAAAUUUAUUAAAAAAAAAAUUAUGGAUAUUUUUUUUCAGACGAUUUUUGGUCAAAUAAAUAAAAAAAAUUGUUUUGUGUCUGUUUUUUUUGUUCAGACAUUAUUCGUCUAUUUUUUGGGAUUCAUAUUUAAUUUUUUUUUUGAACUGGACGUUUCUUCUGUAAACAAAAUUUAUUUUUU